GAUCUCAAUCUGAUCCUCCUGUCUUUUUCGCCGUCUUUUUUCUUUCGACUUGAGUUUUGGUGCAUUCGCCAUCAAAUCCUCUGAUAUUUUUUUUUUCUAUAGAAACCAUGUCUAUACUCGAAAAGGUGAUCAGCGCCUCCUUCUCACCCCAUUCUAACACAUGUCUUCACUCUGGCUCUCUUCAUGGAAUCUGCUUGGCUUGCAACUCGAUGGUCGACGAACACUACCUCUACCGCAGACCGUUCGAUUUUCUUUCCCAUGGUUUACAGCUAACCCAUGACGCCGUAGCGUUAACCAAACUCCUCACAACUCUAUCAUCUUCCCUCGGCGAGCAGAAGCUUCACUUGGUCCUCGACUUGGACCACACGCUACUCCACGCCACGAAAGCUUCACGUCUCAGCGAAGCAGAGAAGUAUCUAACCGGAGAAGAAGCAUGUAGGGACGAUCUGUGGAUGUUGAAAUCCAGUGGAUAUUUGGUAAAGCUACGGCCUUUCCUUGGAGAUUUCUUGAGAGAAACCAACAAGAUGUUCACCAUGCACGUUUACACGAUGGGUACUCGGGAUUACGCUGAAGACAUCUUGGAGGUGAUUGAUCCGAGUCGAUUCUAUUUCGGUAACAGAGUAAUAACGAGAAACGAGAGUCCUUGUACGAAGACCCUUGAUUUCGUUUUGGCGGAUGAGCGGGGAGCGAUGAUUGUGGAUGAUACACGUGAUGUGUGGCCUGAUCACAAGCGUAACUUAAUUGUAAUUAGCAGAUACAAUUAUUUCAGAACGAAGAGCAGCCAAGACUCAAAGCCAUACUCUGAGGAGAAGACAGACGAAAGUGAAAACAACAGUGGGUUGGUUGAUGUUUUUAGAUUACUAAAGGAAGUUCACGGUAGAUUUUUUAGAGUUAGAGAAGGGCUGGAGUCAAGGGACGUGAGGUUGCUUAAUAAAGAAACCAUGUCUGUUGUUGAGAAUCAUUCUCUUGAACCGAGAGCCAAAAGACAGAAGAUCGAACCCGUGAGAAACACGUCUUCGUACUCAUUGUCUUCUCGUAGAUGUCGUCACUGGUUUGUCCGUUACGGAAUCUGCACCACAUGCAACUCAACGAUUGACAAAGCUCAAAGCAGAGCAUUCGAUUAUCUUUCCCAUGGUUUGCGGCUUAGCCAUGAGGCUGUAGCGGUGACGAAACACCUUACCACACUAGUCUCUUGUUCCAACGAGAAAAAACUCCACUUAGUCCUUGACUUGGACCACACGCUUCUCCACACCACUCCUAUUCCACGUCUCACCGAAUCAGAGAAGUAUCUAAUCCAAAAAGCGGGUUCAAAUACAAGAGACGAUCUACGCAAGUGGAAAGCUCCAGGUGAUCCCACGGUAUUCUUGACAAAACUAAGGCCUUGUCUUCGUGAGUUCUUGAAAGAAGCAAACAAGAUGUUCACAAUGUAUGCUUACACAAUGGGUAAUCGCGAUUACGCUAAAUUCAUCUUGGACUUGAUUGAUCCGAAGCACAUCUAUUUCGGUGAAAGAGUGAUAACAAGAGACGAGAGUCCUUACAUGAAGACGCUUGAACUGGUUUUGGCUCAUGAGCGAGGAGUGGUGAUUGUGGAUGAUACACGUGAUGUAUGGCCUGAUCACAAGCGUAAUUUGAUUGAAAUUAGCAGAUACAAGUAUUUCAGAAUGAGCAACCGUCAAUACUCAAAGCCAUACUCUGAGGAGAAGACAGACGAAAGUGAAAGCAACGGUGGAUUGGUUGAUGUUUUGAAGUUACUCAAAGAAGUUCACUGUGAGUUUUUCAGAGUCGCCAAUGAAAAAGAGUUGGAAUCAAAAGACAUUAGGUUGCUGCUACAAGAGAUAGAAUUCAAUCGUGUCCACAAAGAAUGUUUUAUUCGGUAGAAACUUUGUAUAAGCCAUUGCAAGUCUGUUAAAGUGUAGAAACUUCAGUUCAGUGUUGUCAGUUUGUUAUCUCAUUCAUAUG